AUGGACGCGCGACGCAAAUCUACGAUGCCAGCUGCUGCUGAUCUUUACGGAAAUGUUCGAUCAGGUAUACCUGUCCCAGCUACGAUCAAGAAGCCAACUCCAGCCUCAAGUUCACAUUCGCGCAUGUCGCUCGCUGGUCCCGCUUUACGCGCCCCUUACCCAGCUCCUCCAAGUACCAAUCCCAGACAGUCAAUGAUGCGCUCCCAGAAUGUGAAUCAUAUAUUACAGAGCACCAGUAAACCUAAUUUUGGACGAACACCGUUGAGCAAUAGCACUCGUCGCGGAUCGAUGUGGACGGGUGGAGCGGUAUUAAGUCAACCAUCUAGCAGCCAGACUGUUAAAGACACGCGUCCAUUGCGUGAUCGGCAAUACCAGACCAAGAUGCGACAGGAUAUUCUCAGCUACCUCCAGAGUUCUGGGUUCGAUAUCACAAUGGCAACCCUUGCGAACAUACAGGGAAAGGAUUACAGAGCAAUUUUCGACUUUCUCAUUUUGAAUCUGGAUCCCUUUCAUCCUUUGAAUCAAAAUGCCCGUUUUGAGGAUGAAUUUGUUCCUGCUCUCAAAGCUGUCCGUUAUCCCUUCGCUCACCAAAUAGAUAACAAGUGGCUUGCAGCACCUGCUAGCAUGCAUUCGUGGCCAUCUUUGCUGGGUGUUUUGCAUUGGCUUGUUGAACUUAAUAAAAUGCGGACUGAUUAUCUUUGUAGUGGACAUCCGUCACUACAGAUAGUUUCAGACAUUCCAGACGAGUUUGACGACCCCUUGGACCACAAAGCGCUCGCCUUCAAUUAUUAUGAAGAGGCUUACACAGUCUGGCUUGACCUUAUUGAUGAUUUCGCAGAACCAAACCAGAAUCUUGAAGACCGUUAUGCUAAGAAGAAUGAACAAGUACAGAUGGAACUUGAGGAACAAUCCAACCGGCUAGAUCAGGCAAAAUCUGUAAUAACCAAGCUCAAGUCAUCGUCUGCUCCAAUCACUAAACUUCAGAAUGAGAACAUGUUGUUGAAGGCCGACAGUGAAAAGUUCCAGAAAAUUCUUCAACAAUACGAAGGCCGGAAGAAAAAACUGAUUGAUACCAUUGCCUACGAGAAGGCGGAACUUCAGAGGGAAGGGGCGCGUCUUGAACAGCUCACAACUGAACAAGAAAGACUGUCCGAAAUUGUCAAAGCACAGAAUCUGACUCCCGAGGAGGUAAUCCGUAUGAAUACAGACCACGAAACAUUAUCAAGGACUUUGGAGGAUCUCAAGCAAAGAAUCUCGGAAACACAUCAGAUCGUCAUGACCCUGGAGGUCAAGGUGACGAACCGAGUAGCUGGCGCGGAAGAGGCUUUGGAUCUCUACAACAAUCUCUUGUCGUCGUUGGAGCUUUUCCCUCCACUUCCACCUCCGUGGCAGGACGUGGACCUCACCUUGGAUCUGAACCCAGCUGCAUCCAAUCCCCAACAGCUGCUUUCUGGAGCGGAUAUUCGGAAAGUGAUCAAGCCAACGUUAAGCGCCAUUGCGGAAUCGAAACGUUCGAACCGAGCUUCUAUCGAAAGUGAACGGAUCAAGAUUGACAACGAACUUGACCAGCUCACUUUGGAAUGCGAAAACGUCGACGAAGAGAUUGCGGAAGUUGAAAAAAAGGUCGGCGGAUUGAACGAGCAAGCAGAUGAUCUACGCGAUGCGGCACAACAGGAGGCAUUGGUGGCCAGCGGAGAAGCGGUACGAUUAGAACGCGAUUUGGCACAUGCCAGAACCGCCGCCCUGGCAAAUGGCAUGGGUGUCAAAUCACGUUUACAGACGCUUCAAUUCAACUAUCGUGAACAGAUGGAAAAAGUCUCCCGACUGAAGGAGGAGACGGUUCGCGCCAUCAUUAAGAAUAGCCAUGAGAUUGCGAUGUUUAAGGAGGAAGUAUCUCGACACCUGGGGGAACUGCGUGACUUUGCGGAGGCAGAUUAA